CGAAGUGCCGUGGGACAAACUAAUCUUAUGUCAUUAACAAAGUAGAAUUAUAAUAAAAUUUAUUAAGUGUUCGGUUUGGGUUAUGCAUUAACUGAUUUUGAAGAAAAAUGUCCCACAAUUGGCUCAUCCUGACAUUCUCAUGGCUCGGCACGGUCAGUCUUCAGUAUAUCAACACAGGAGGUCCUGCCGCGGAGACAGUACUCGACCCCCUGGACUCCACAUUGCACUACCCCUUGCCAUACGUCCACUAUUUCAACUUACAACCAUCCCGCUCUGAAGAGCCUUACCAAGGAGAAAUGCAAACCUACAACCAGUUCUACCAACAUGACGAAAGGGAACAACCUCCUGAUCUACAAAGAAAAAGGCGCACAGUCCAAGAAGAAGAAGACGAACGCUCGAGACGUUGGCUUCCAAAUCUAGUGGACACAGACCAAACCGCAUACAUUAAAAACGACGACAAAUUAUUAGGCAGUCCAUUCAUAUUAGGAUUUUCGGGCGCAAUGGAAGAUAACUCCACUGACAUGAUGAAUAUUUUGGAGCCAAAGGAAAAGAAGAACUUUAGCCCUUGGGGAGGGAAGCGGAGUAACUCUAAUGUUGAGCACAUGUGGAGUUGGAAACGGUCGGCGAACAAAAGAGAGCCGAAUAUGCCGAAGAGAGUUCGAUUCUCACCAUGGGGAGGCAAAAGAUCAGGACAAAUGGUUCUAAAGCCGGGAACCAAAGGAUCGAAAAUUAUAUUCUCCACGACUGUUCCCGAGCUUACGCGUAUCGUCUCCAAUUUCUCACCCAACGGGAAGAGGUUCGACUUGGCCGGUUUCCAGUUCAUACCCUCGCUGGACAAGAGGCAUCCCAUCAAGAUACUGGCAUUGAGCACCAACGUAAAUGAGAAAACGCUGAGGGAUGCUCUCCCGUUCAAAGCUUUCUUGGAAUCACUACCGAAGAUAUUUAAACCUGGACAUCCGUACGCAGAUGUGAACUUGAAGAAAGACGGUAAGAGGAAAGUGAAAUUUAGCGCGUGGGGUGGCAAACGAACACCACCUAUAAUAGGGCCGAUUUGGACUCCCGCACCUCAAGAUAUUAAGGAAUCUACCCUCAACACGAUACUUUUGGUAAGGAACGCCCACGAAAACGACGAAACGACAAAAGCUUUUUAAAAACGAUAUUCAUAAAAUUAGAAAACAUGUUUUAGUUGCCGUAACUCCUGGAAUUACCGUGAAGUUGUAACGUUCGUUUGGUAUUAAAAUGGUAACUUUUUAGAUUUAGCUUGUUAUAGUGCCAUAUGAGUGAGGCUAACAAGUCAAAAAUUAAUAAAAAAAUAAUUAUUAUAAGGUAAGGGCGGGAGUUACGUCGUUUUUGACGAAAGGCUGGGUUCGUCAAAUACACAAAAGUGAGAUAUGAAUCAUAUUGUUGUUAUUAUAUGGUAUAUUUGUUACUUUGUCUUAUAUACCUAUGUGCUACAUUAUUAGCAAG